AUGGGAAGACGGGAGACCGGAGAGGAAGAAAGGCCAAUGAUCACUCAGACUUACGGCUACUGCUUGGGGCCGAAACCCACGAAGAGGGAUGCGGCGUCUGUGGAAAUACAUUCUAUUCAUUGCUUAAUUGUUUGCUUGUAUGAAUCGUUAAUGGAGGAGGAACGGGAACCUUAUCGUGUGAGACUUCUCAAGGCGCCCUGCGAGGGCUCAGAAGAAGCGAGCAGGUGGCUGUGCAGAUGUAUGAAUCUGCCCUGUGGGAAGGGUCCAGAGGGAAGGCAUGACUUUGAGAGCUUGAUUGAGACAGACAGACGCGCUUUCUACAAAUUCAAUCGUGGAGCCCAGCCGCCUGAUGAAAGGGCUCCUCUGGCUCCGCUGCGUGAAGAUGUGACUCUAAUAGAUCCGUGCUCCGGUCAGCUGAGCGCAGGGGCACGAGUGCGUCUGGAGGAGGAGAGCAGAGGCCCAUUCAUCGAUAAGGUUUACGCUGCGUCCGAUCUAUGGGUUCCAGCGGGAGCGCGAGACAGGCCUCAGACGCCUCCAUCCAGGCCUUCAGCUCUCAUGCAUGACACGUCCGAGCACAAGAGGUGGAACUCCAGGAUCAAACCAGAGGCAGCACUUAAGGCACACCUCGGCGGCCGGACGAGUGCACCGAGUAUUAAACACCCCUCUCAGGACAGCCAUGAAAUGAACGCGGGUGCAGAACCACCUGCUCUUUUUGAUAGCAUAGCAACGGCAGCUCGACAAUACAUCUACACCUCUGCAGCCCAAAGAGCGUAUGAGGAUGUAGACUGGGACUCAAAGUUACCUCCUCGCCACAAACCACCCACGACUACUCUGGAGAAAAUGGCUGACCCUGUGAGUCAACGUUUUGUGUUGAAGCGAUACCACAGCAGAGCUGAGCUGUGGCAGGCCAUUGGAUCCCAUUGGAACAGACAUCAGUUACGUUCCACAUUUAAUGCAAGGAAACCCAUCAGCUUCACCAGUCCAUGUAAAAAAUCAGGCCACAUACCUUUAUACUGCGGUACGGUGGGCUCUGAGAACAUGGACAGCGUGGACGUCCCAGGAGAGGACUUCAUUCCUCUGACUGUUCUGCGCACCACAGUACCUCCUCCCACCCCUGCCAGCUACCGAACUACCAUUCCUGGUUACACCGGAAAAGCCCGGUUUGACAGACCACAGACCUCAGGUGUCAGUCUGCCUUCUUUACCAUAUACUCCACAAACAGCGGGGGGUCGUCCUGGUACCUGGAGCACCCCUGAGUACGGACACAAGGCUCCUCUGUCAGGAAUGAUCACUACUGUCCCACCGGGAAACCCUUACCUUCAUCCCAAAGCCCCGGUGCUUUCCAUAAAAUAACUCUAAAAGCACGGCAUGUCCCUUGAAGGGAAGAAUAAAUGAUGAAGAAGCGUGGGAAAUGAAAGUAUCCUUUUUCACGAAAUCCAAUCUGUGUUUGUGAAUAGAUCUAUAAUGAUGCAAUGUCAAUGACUGAUUCUCUGAGCUCUGAAUAAUGAGAUGCUUUAUUAGCAUAAUUUCCCUUGAUUUAGAUGAGUGCUUCUGAAAAUGUGGAGGUUAUGCCAUUGUCUUAAACAUUCGCUGUGGGUGCGUGUGGGCUUUUCGUAUUUGACUACAUGUCUGUCCAUGCGGAUAAACGAGUGAAUCAUUUCUUCACAGAUCCUCUUUUGCGCGCUUUUUAUUACUUUGGUUCAUCCAAAUGGCACGCACAAACUGCUUGUGGAACUACAUUGUGGUUAUGCAGCAAUAGCAAUGCAAAUAAAACAUAGGCUGUUAUCUUAAAAGAAAACAAAAGACACACGUUUCUGAAAUGCUCUAGUUUUGCACCCCAAGAACUGUGGUUUGGAGAAUAAAAGAAAGAACACCAGUGCAGCUUCACCUGCUUACAGGAAAUAGGAACGUGCUGGUUUCCUGUUUCCCCCUUUGUCGUCUUUGCGCUAUGUUGAAAACGGUCCGCUCUGGAAGCGGCGCACUUGAAUCCAGCAGAAAACACCUAGAAAACACCGACUGGAAGAAUCAGGACUGAAGUCCUGAACGGUGUUCAAGUUCUGAACCUUGCAGUUGAGGAAAUAAGAUGCGAUUCUAAGUUAUGUUUUGCAUUAUGGGAAGACAUUCUGUUUUUUUUUUUUAGUUGGUUUGACAGCUAAACCAUGGUGGGAAUAAAGCCCUCUCUGUGGUAUUUCCAGAGAUGGAGAUGUGGUUAACUGAUAACUAAUGUCCAUCUUGGGGCCAAUGAAAGGGAUCAGACUAGACUUUUGUUCGAGGGUCUGGAGAGCUUUCUCUGAGGUGACCUUCAGCCCAUCACUAUGAGCCCACAUAAAAAAAAAACUAAGUGAAAGCAUUUUUAAGGUAAGACAGGCUCAACACAAUUGAUGUAAGUUGCUGAAGCAACUUCUAAUGUUACAGAGAUUUUCCUAAUGAGCUUUUCAUAGUUCUUCCUCUACAAACAGGCAGGUGUAAUGUCUGAGGAUUUCAGGGGUCGCCUCAUCCCCGAGUCUGUUCAUCUGUAGAGUGUGAUGUGAAGCGGAAAGGGUAAUACGUUUGCCAGGUUUGACAUCAUAAAGGUGCAAAACUUUGCAGUCCGUUGUCUUUUGUCUGUAAUCUAGACAUUUCGAACCAAGCCACUUUCUGUUGGCCAGCGAAGCCAAUGUAGCCCACUUGAACCGGUUGUGAACUCACAUUUUCAGCUGUGUAUUUCUAUUAAAAUGACUUCAUUUCUCACAUGAAAAUUCCCUGAACAAUUCUAAUUGUGACUGGACCUUGACUGUUUUCUGCGAUUUAAUCAAAAUCCAGUUAUUCAAACCAAAAAACAGUUAAUUAAAAGUCAUUUAUCAAUUGCUUAUAAAGUACUUAUCACAACUCUAACAUGUUAUUAUUGUUUUUAAUUGUUUUGUUAGUUUAAAAUCCAGUUCAUUGAUUUAACAUUGGCACAGGAGUACCAGAAUUGCUCAUUUCUGACACCAAAUAAAGACAAAACAAUUACGUCUCACUAUAUGCUCAUAUCUUACUUUGAGGGGAAAAAGUAAACAUUG